AGAGUCAUAACCUAAAAAUAUUUUAUUCACCGAGAUUUUAUGUGCGUGUUAAAAGUGUUCUAUUGUCACACGUGAUCAAUUUGUCGCGUGAUUAUAGCAAGAUCAAUGUUUAAAAUGUUUUCAUAAAAUUGAGAAUUCACCUGGAAUUGAGAUACGAGAGGUUUUUGAAAAGGAAAAAAAUUAUAUGGAACAACCACUUUAGAGGGUACAGCUGUUGUAAAAAAGAUGGGCCAUGGAUCGAGUCGCUCAGCUUCCUCCGCAAACAUUCUGUCAGCAGAUGAGUUAAUCCUGGUUGAAAAUCUUUUCAAGUCUAUGUCUCGAAGUUCGGGUUCGAUCAAACGAGAAGACAUUUUCAAACACUGGUCAACACACCUCGACGAUGUUCUUCUCCAAUUCGUCGUUCGAUUUCUCUGUCACGAGCCCGGAAAGCGAACCUCUGCCGUCAACGGGGAAAAUUUCGGUCGUCUUUAUGUCUAUGCAGUUCGGGGUAAUCCUGAAGAACGUACCAGUCUCAUAUUUCAUGGUUAUUUCGAGGAUGAGCAGAAAUACGAAAUACCUGCCGCAACUUUCCUCCAAUAUGUGGAAAGCACCAUCAGUUCCUACUUGAGGAUACAGAAAAAUUGCGCAAACACUCAUUACCAGAGCUGGAGUAACAUCGGUUGCAAUGUCAAUGCAAGAAGAAUCAUCAUGCGAGCUAAAAGUCUCUGCGAGGAAAUUCUGCAAUACGGAGAUUCCUUAACAGUUGAUCAAAUAGACAACUGGUUCAGCCAAGCAGCUACUUUCAAACUCAUCCAGUCGCACGUUUUCCAGUCUCUCUUCCUUGUGUCUCAAAAGAAAAGUGACAAGAACACAGCUACGCGUGUCCACGACUUGAAUCUCUUGCCGAUCUGCAAAGGACUCGAGAACAUUCCACACUUUCCCAGCAUCCUCGGGAUUGGAGAUGUGCUAUUUCUGAAUCUGAGUUUGCCACACGAGUUGCGAAACGAGUGGAGAUUUUUAUUCUCCAGUCAGGUUCACGGUGAAUCGUUUUCGACGAUGCUGGGUAGAAUUCAGAUGCAGGGUGCGACAAUCAUCAUCGUCCAGGAUACUGAUGACCAUGUCUUUGGAGGAUUCGCUACUGACAGCUGGAUGCUAAGUCCAAAUUUUAAGGGAAAUGCGUCCUGCUUUCUGUUUAAACUCAAUCCGGACAUCCUAACAUUCCCGGCUACCAACUACAAUAAUCAUUACCAGUAUUUGAAUCUUCAUCAGCAGACGAUGCCGAAUGGUUUGCUAAUGGGAGGUCAGUUUAACUAUCCAGGUUUGUGGCUGGAUUGCGAAUACGGGACGGGAAAGUCGAGUGUUUCGUGCACGACUUUUCAGAAUUACUUUCAACUGAGCAGCAAAGAGGACUUUCAUAUAAAGCACUGCGAGAUCUGGGGUGUGGGACCAGUGCCGGAGUCCGAAGAGGAAUUAAGGGAUCCCAGAUCAAUUUUGGAUCAGAAUCCAGUAUCGAAGGUUUUGCUCGAGCUUUCCGGGCGGAAAAUGUACAGCGAUGGCAUGCGGGAAGAGAGGGAAGAGAGGGAAACCUGAGGGUCGUUUAGAAGGUUGAGUAAGCGCGUUUUCUUCGUGAAGAACUGAAUGCGCAUACGAGACUUUCGUUUAAAAUCAGACUUUUUAGUCUUAAGAAGACAUAGACUUGUUUUCAGAAACAUUAAUCGGCUUUAAGGCAAAUGCGGGUAUGAAGAUGCCAUUCAAUAUCAGACUUUAGACUUAUUCUUUUUCGUUGAAAAGUCUACUACUACUACAUUUUUUGUUCAGAAUUCAUCUUUUUUUUUUUGUAAAAAUUUAAUUAUUUGGUUGAAAUUUUAAUUAUAUUGUUUGUUGCAAAUUCUGUUCUAUGGCUGUAAUCUCUGGGAAUGAAAAUUCAUCUUUGGUGGGAAAGACGUCUUUUUGGGUUUAUGGUUUAGAAAUCAUCUUUUUUAGUUGAAAGUUAAUUCUUUUUCUUUGAAAAAUUUACUUUGUUAAAAAUUAUUUUGUUCUUAUUGAAGACUCAUCGCUGAUUCAAAAUUCCUUUCAUUUGAUUGGAAAUUAAUUGUUUUAUUUAAAAAUUCAAUUGUUUUGUAGAAUUUUUGUUGAAAAUACGUUUUUUAAACUCAACUAAUUGCUGUUUGGUUAAGAAUGAAUUUUUGUGUGGAAAUUAAACAAUUUUGUUCAAACGUCAUCUUUUUACUUGCAAUUUUAACAGUCUGAUAAAAAAUUGAACGUUUUGGUUCAAAAUUAACUUAUUUUCGGUUUAAAAUUCAUAUCUUUGGAUUAAACAUUCAACUGUUUUUUU